UACAAAAAAGCAGUUUGAACUAACUGAAUAUGGCAUUAUAUGAACUCAUCCAUGCACAUGAGCUAUCUAAUUUUUGCUGUUGUUUGCAGACUUCGUGCGCCUCACAUAUCUGGUAAUCCACCCAAUUUUCCAGAUCCAGUGCCCAGAAUUGCUGCAAUGAUUAAUCAAUUGUCUGCUUCUAGCUCAAGCACUCCUACUGCAACGCUUUCUCCACAACAGAAAGAUGUGAUCAAUUUUCUGAUCACACGUACCAGACCGCUUAAUCGAACAUCUGCUUUUAGCUUAGGAACUCAUACUUCAGAUUUUGCUCCACGGGGGACGGAUUCUAAUCUUGAACUGGCAUUUGUAAACCUAUCUCUGGGCCAACCGGGAUCCCAGCAAAUGGCUCCACAGAGGCUGAUGCAGAACAGAGAAGGUUAGAUUUUUCUGAACGCUUGUCAUUUCCAGCUUGGAAGGUAGAUAUGCAUGAACCUCUGUGUCAUAUUUCAGUGCUGCCCGCAAUAGAUAUCAAAGGAAAGGGGCCUGGAUUAGGAGUAGGCCAGCAAGAACUGCGGGUCCAUGUCACUUGUUUGAUGGCAGAUGACGGCACUAGAGGUGCUGCAGGGUUGCUGAUCAAGAAGGAAACGAGGCAAUUCAUCUGCGCGUUAUGUUUUCCGAUGCAGAGCACGGAGGAGACAGUUCUUUUUGCAGCUGCUUGUUGUGAAGGGAUCAAAGUUGCUCUGGCCUAUCAACCUACUAGCAUUGUGCUGGAGUCCCAUCUAUUCCAUCUGGUUGACCUCCCACUUGGCGGCGCUCAUGCUCCCUGCCGAGAUAUGGAAGAGCUGGCGGCCAUACUGGACCUCUCACGUUGCAGAGUGCGGCAUAUCACGGAAGAAUCCAACGAUGCUGCUCGUCGACUGGUCAUGCGUUGUUUGCUGACAAGGGUGGCCGAGAUAUUCUUCGAUGCUCCCUAUUGGCUUCUCCCUACUUAGCUGGUUGCCAAGAUCAGCCAUGUUAGUUACUCUGGCAUAGAGAAUGAUUCACGGACUACUCUAUAGGAAGAUAGAAAGAGACGGUAAAUGCUGUAGAUGGCAACUGCAGGCUUGAUAGAGUUUAGAUGCAGAGGUUUGCGAGCAUUCAGCAAGUGUAGAUACAGCUGAAUAGCAUUCUUUCAGUGCCCAUGUGGGGAAAAACACCGGUAGCUGUGCCCGCAAUGGUACACUUUUGUUAUGAAUUGCAUGGCUACUAUCUUGUCGACGAACUGUGCAACUGCUAGUUUUGAGUGCUGUGAUGUAAACUUUUGUCAGACACUGAUUCUUGUAUGAAAUAGAAAGGAUUUCAGUUUCGGUUCUUAA